AACUCCCUUAAAUCCAACAAAAACAUCCACAAGUCCACAACAAAGCAACUCACAAGAUCUGAUCAGAUCCAUUCAGAUCCCCCACUCCCAACAUCUUCUCUCGAAUUCUCUCUCUCUCUCUCUCUCUAAAAAUUCUAACCCCCCUCUCUCUCUCGAAAGCAAAUAUGUACGUAUUGACCAAUUCUUAUGUAUUUUGCCCAAUAAUUUGAUUUUUCACAUCGAGUCUAUGGUUGCAAUUCUAGGGUUUCAGAGCCGCCGACGUCAUUUCCUCGAUUUCUGCGACAAUUGAGGUGUUCAUUUUGGGUAGGGAUGAGUACGUUCGUGACCUAGGGUUCGUAAAGGUCUUACCUUUACCUCCGAGUGCAUGAAGAUUUGGUGCUGCCUAUGCUUUGCCGGAGAAGAAGAGGACGACGAAGAAGAAGUUGGAGAGGAAGAUAAAGGGGAGGCCAUGAGGGAGGGCGUUUUCGGAGAUACGGGCAAUCCCGAGGGCAGAAUCGGAAAUGACGAAGACACCGAGCAAUUAGGGCUCGCGGCGAACCGGAGCGGGCGCGACGAGCAGCUGAGGCGGUUCGAAGACGCGGUGGUUGCGAUGCGUGGUUCUGCACAUUGGGAGGGGGCGCCGGGCGCCAGUUCGCUUUUCCCCCGGUUCCUAAUCUCGCAGGGCUCCGAGGGAGAGGCGAGCUCAGCUUCGGGGGCUGCGGCGCUCACUGGUGUCGAGGAUCGUGAUCGCGAUUCCCACAGUAAGCGCGCCAAGGUUCACUUCGACUUUCAUGACCAUCAUUUUGCAACUGCAGUGUCUUCAAAUGCAGAAAAUUCCAGUUCCUCUCAAGAAAGAGAUUACCAUAUUAGCCAGGGAUCUAGUCCAUCUAAGAACCAGAUAUUUUAUCAUACUUUAACUAUGAACGAUUGUGGUGAUAAGAAUCUGUCUGAAUUUACUGAUGGGAAAGAUGAUGGACAUGAGAGUGACACUCUGAGAACAGAAGAUUUAGAAAGUCGGAUGGAUCUUACGGAUGACUUACUCCAUAUGGUUUUCUCUUUCUUGGACCACAUUAAUCUUUGCCGAGCUGCCAGAGUGUGUAAGCAGUGGCGAUCAGCUAGUGCUCAUGAAGAUUUCUGGAAAUGUUUGAAUUUUGAGAACCGGAACAUAUCUAUGGAACAAUUUGAGGAUAUGUGUCGGCGGUAUCCAAAUGCAACAGAAGUGAAUAUUUCUGGUGCUCCUGCUAUUCACUUGCUUGUUAUGAGAGCAAUCUCUUCAUUAAGAAAUCUAGAGGUUCUGACAUUGGGGAGAGGGCAACUAGGUGAUACUUUUUUCCACGCUUUAGCGGAUUGUUAUUUGUUGAAGAGAUUGAAUGUAAAUGAUGCUACUCUUGGGAAUGGUAUUCAAGAAGUACAGAUAAACCAUGAUAGCUUGCGUCAACUUCAACUAACAAAGUGCCGAGUAAUGCGUGUAUCUGUCAGGUGCCUACAACUUGAAACUAUGUCUUUGAAGCGCAGUAACAUGGCACAGGCUGUGCUUAAUUGCCCUCUUUUGCGUGAGCUUGAUAUAGGCUCUUGCCACAAGCUUUCAGAUGCUGCAGUUCGUUCAGCAGCGACUUCAUGCCCUCAAUUAGAGUCUCUAGACAUGUCAAAUUGUUCAUGUGUUAGUGAUGAAACUCUACGUGAAAUAGCCCUUGCUUGUGCCAACCUCCAUUUUCUUAAUGCGUCGUACUGCCCAAACAUCUCGCUUGAGUCUGUUAGGCUGCCAAUGUUGACUGUUCUUAAGCUUCACAGCUGUGAGGGAAUCACUUCAGCUUCAAUGGCUGCAAUAUCUCAUAGUUACAUGUUGGAGGUUUUGGAGCUUGACAAUUGUAGUUUACUGACUUCUGUGUCCUUGGAUCUUCCACGCUUACAGAAUAUUAGAUUAGUACAUUGUCGCAAGUUUGCAGAUUUGAAUUUACGGAGUACCAUGCUAUCAUCUAUAAUGGUAUCUAAUUGCCCUGCACUCCACCGGAUCAACAUCACUUCAAACUCACUUCAGAAAUUAGCAUUGCAGAAGCAGGAGAGCUUAAUCACAUUGGCAUUGCAAUGCCAGUCUUUGCAAGAAGUGGACCUCACAGAUUGUGAAUCUCUGACAAAUUCUGUUUGUGAAGUUUUUAGUGAUGGUGGCGGGUGCCCCAUGCUGAAGUCAUUAGUUCUUGAUAACUGCGAGAGCUUGACGGCAGUGCGGUUCUGCAGUGCUUCUUUAGUUAGUCUUUCUCUUGUUGGUUGCCGGGCUAUCACUGCUCUUGAACUCACAUGCCCCUAUCUUGAGCAAGUUUGCUUAGAUGGUUGUGAUCAUCUUGAAAGAGCAUCAUUUUGUCCUGUUGGCCUACAGGCGCUGAAUCUUGGAAUAUGCCCAAAACUAAAUGUACUCAGUAUUGAAGCACCGAUUAUGGUGUUGCUUGAAUUGAAAGGAUGUGGUGUAUUAUCUGAAGCAUCUAUUAAUUGUCCGCUCUUGACGUCUCUGGAUGCUUCCUUUUGCAGCCAACUCAAGGACGAUUGCUUGUCUGCAACAACUGCUUCAUGCCCACUGAUUGAGUCAUUGAUAUUGAUGUCAUGCCCAUCGAUUGGCUCUGAUGGGCUUUACUCCCUGCGUUGCCUUCCGCAUCUGACCCUGCUGGAUUUAUCAUACACCUUUUUGAUGAACUUGCAGCCUGUUUUUGAGUCUUGUUUGCAACUAAAGGUGUUAAAAUUACAAGCUUGCAAGUAUCUUGCUGACUCAUCACUUGAGCCCCUUUACAAGGAAGGUGCUCUACCAACUCUCCAAGAAUUGGACCUUUCUUAUGGGACCCUCUGUCAGUCUGCCAUAGAAGAGCUUCUUGCUUGCUGCACACAUCUUACACAUGUGAGCCUGAAUGGCUGUGUGAAUAUGCAUGACCUGAAUUGGGGUUGUACUGGUGGUCAGCUUUCUGAGCUACCUAGUGUUUAUACGUCAUCUGAAAAUAUCAAUGAGCCAAUUGGGCAGGCCAACCGAUUACUACAGAACCUAAACUGUGUAGGUUGUUCGAAUAUUAGGAAAGUUUUCAUUCCACCGGCAGCACGUUGUGUACAUUUGUCAUCGUUAAACCUUUCUCUAUCAGCGAAUUUGAAGGAAGUUGAUCUUGCUUGUUUCAAUUUAUGCUUCCUUAAUUUGAGUAAUUGUUGCUCUUUGGAAAUAUUGAAGCUUGAGUGUCCGAGAUUGACUAGUCUCUUUCUUCAGUCUUGCAACAUUGAUGAAGUAGCGGUUGAAGCUGCCAUAUCAAAGUGUAGCAUGCUGGAGACUCUUGAUGUCCGUUUUUGUCCAAAGGUAUGUUCAAUGAGCAUGGUGAGGUUACGUGCGGCAUGCCUUAGUUUGAAGCGCAUCUUCAGCAGCCUAUCACCUUCAUGAUGUGAUAGAAUCCUUUGUUCCUUUUUCCAGUAUUCACUUUGACUGCGGGCGGCGACACCAGCUGGGUAAUUGAACUGUGAUUUGCUCCCUUUAAUGUAAAUGGUCAUCGUUCUUUUGAUUGGUGUUCGUUUCGGUAUAAGGCUACUCCAUUUAGCUGUCUUAAUGUAGCAAUAGAAUAAGUUAUUUUGUUUUGUAUUUAAUUGUUUUGUUUGAUAUUAAAUGUUCAUCGUAGAUUCAAUUGUUAAGCAAACCGCCAUCAUUUUCUAUUUUUGGCCAGUAAAUGGCCUUCUAUUUUGUUUUCAGUGUUUGGGUAUGAAUGUAAUUCAUGUGGCUCAGUCUUGUGUAAUGAUACAAUAAGAUAUCUUUUUGUAAAUUAAUUAAUAUUGUUGAUUUUUUUUUUUUAUUUUUU